AAAAAUAAUUUAAUGUAACGAGAGAGAAAUAAUGAAGUUCAAUCGGAGCUCGUUGUAAACUGUACUUGAUUUUGCACUUCUUGAGGAAAGAUUGGAGACAAAUCUGGCGGCAGAAUGAAAAGUAAUUCCGAGAUUUGAUUUUGAUUUUUGCCUGUUGUUGAAUUUUAGGAACGACAAAAAUUGAUUAUAAUUGGAAGAAAAGAAGAAAAAUCGAUUAUAAGCUCCGAUUCCGGUGUAUAUGGCGUACAGGAGGAGGCAGCAACAGCAAAUGGGUAGGGUUUCUACAACUCUAAGAACGGAUGUUCCUGAAAGUUUGAACAACUAUAAUCACGAUUUUGCCCCUCCACCAACGGCGGCGGAAGACAGUUCCUCGUCGUCCUCUUCUUCCGCGCUCGCCGCUAAAGCCAUCAGAGCUUCAUCUGCGUACAAGGAUUCUUCUCUUUCUUCGGCAUAUGGACAGUCCGCACUCUCUUCUCCUCGGGAAUCAAUUCCAGUUCUGUCCUCUCCGUCCUCUAAUAAGGAUUCAUCCGCUCACGAAUACACAUCAAUGAAAAACAUGAAUGAGCCUAAGCAAGGAUUUUGGGGGGUGCUGGCUAGGAAAGCUAAAGCAAUUAUUGACGAUGAUAAUGCAGCUCAACCAUAUGAAACACAAGGAAGAACAAAAUUUCAGAUGCCGGAUAAAUCAGCAAAGGGUCAGAACACAUACAACUCUUCGCAAAGCCGUCGAAAGACAGACAACCCAUCACUGCAAAAGGGAUUGGAUGCAAUUGCAUCGUCCUUUAAUUACAUUGGUGGCACAAUUGGUAAUGCUCUUGAGGAGGGUCUUACAACCGUGGAGAACCGUACUGCCGACAUCAUUCAAGAGACUCGCAAGAUUCGGAUAAGGAAAAAGAACAAUAGUUCCACAUCACAGAAUCAAACUUCUAAUAUUGAUAACUUACGUCAACAGCCAAUGAUGCAGACCCAUAAGCAUACCGAUUUGGAAACUCAAUUGAAGGCAUCUCGCGACGUUGCAAUGGCAAUGGCUGCAAAAGCAAAACUUCUCCUGAGAGAGCUAAAGACGGUAAAAGCUGACCUAGCUUUCGCAAAGGAGCGCUGCACACAGCUUGAAGAAGAAAAUAAAGUCCUAAGGGAGAGUCAUGAAAAAGGAGACAACACUGAAGACGAUGAUUUGAUAAGGCUUCAACUUGAGACUCUUCUAGCUGAGAAAGCUCGACUGACACAAGAGAAUUCAGUUUAUGCACGGGAAAACCGUUUCUUAAGAGAGAUUGUUGAGUACCACCAGCUCACCAUGCAGGAUGUAGUGUAUUUGGAUGAAGGUAGUGAAGAGGUAACUGAAGUCUACCCUGUCAAGGUAUAUACAGGCGAUAAUCAACAGCCCUUUGGCACAUUAACAUCCUUCUCUCCUACUCCUAUUGUUCCCACGGGGGCAAUUUCGCACGUGACUCCGGAUUUCUCUCCUUAUGUUGUGCCAUUCCUCGAUCCCAAGGAGGUCCCUGAAACUAUUACCUCACCAAACCCCUAUAUCCACAUGCCAGCAGGAGAUCUGAGAAGAUACUGAGUUGAUUUUCCCAUUGGUGGCUUUGAUUUGGUUUCCACUCCGUAGAAAAAAGGUUUGGAGUUUGUAUCAAUGUUGCUUUUUCUUUGGGUUUUUUAUGUUGCUAUUGAUCAGCUGUCUUCUUAGGCUCCUCUUUGUUGUCAUUGUCUUGAAAGGAGCAUAAAGUGUUAUUCUUUUACCAUUUUUUUCCCUUACUUGGGAGAUAUGGGUGGGUUUACUGUUCAAUGUGUAUUUAUUUUGUGCUUCCUGCAAGAAGGUGAAAGGUUGAUUAGAAAUUGUGUAACUGUAUAACAUUUGAUAGAACCUUUUUGUCGCUUUCAUGGAUAGAAAUUGUAUAACUCACUGGUUUAACUGAGUUUAUGGUGAUAGUACAUAUGAUUAUCAUAA